AAUAAAUCCCAAAUCGAGCCGCAUCAUCCCAAUCGCUUCCUCGACAAAAAUUCGUCUCUUUAUCGGUCGCGCUUUUCCGAAGCCAGCCUCCCGGGCCAGCGCGAGCUUCCGGCGAGGAAGCGCCUCGCGGCGUCGAAGGCGCGUCAAAGGCGCCUCGAAAAAUGCGGAGGCGGAGAGGCUGGACGCGCGCGAGCACGCUUUCGGUCGGGCAGCGCUUCGCCCGGAGAGACUGACGCUGAAUCCCGAGGAAUUUCCCGGCGACCAGCCGCCGAGCGCUAGUCGAGUGUACCGAUCGUGGGCGAACGGCGACCCAGGAAGAUGCUCUACCUCGAGGAUUACGUCGAAAUGAUCGAGCAUCUUCCGCAAGAGUUAAGGGACCGAUUUACAGAAAUGAGAGAAAUGGAUCUAGGUGUACAAAAUUCCAUGGAUAGCUUGGAAAAGAAAGUGAAGACAUUGUUUUGCAAUGCUAAAAAAAUGAAGCCUAGUGAGAAAGAAGCGGAAUACGAGGCUAUUAGAAGGGAAUACUACAAGACUUUGGAGGAUGCUGACGAAAAGGUGCAUUUAGCUAAUCAAAUGUACGACUUGGUGGACAGGUAUCUAAGGCGGCUUGAUCAGGAGUUGCAUAAGUUUAAAAUGGAACUGGAAGCGGACAAUAAGGGCAUUACCGAAAUCUUGGAAAAAAGAUCUCUGGAACUGGAUCAGCCUCCUACAAAUAGUAGCCAAAAAGAAAAUCGUUACAGUUUCACACCAAGUAGAACACGAGAUAAUCAUAGCCAUUCUCGAUCAGAGAAGCGGCGAGACUCUAACGCGUCUUCCACGUCCGUCGAAAAAAGGUUGGCGAUCGAGAAGUUGCCAGCGACGACGAAUCUACCGGAGUCGCGACCAGCCUCGGCGAAUUCUGGGCCUAUUAUCGCAGCGAGCAACGUCGCGACAGCGCCAGCGACGAUCGCCAAUUCCGUGGGAUCGGUAUGCUAUACUCUCGGUCACAUCGGGGCAGGUGGUAAUGCUAUCGCGGCGGCUGCUUCGCAAGCAAUCGCAGCCACGCAAUCGAUGCAGCAAGGUAGACGCUCGGCCAGUUUGAAGGCCAGCUACGAAGCCAUUAACACUGGCGGCGUGCACGCUGCGGAAUUCAGCAGGGAGUUGGCUGGCGCAGCACAAACUGCUAUCGCAGCCAUCCAAGAAACCACAAAGAAACAUAAAAAGAAAGUGACUGCCACUGUGCCGAGUUCAAGUGUAAUCGCAGCCACGAUUCAGCAGCCUGUGUCGCCGCCUGUGGUAACCACAACUAUGCAAGUAGUGGAUCCGGAUAAUCCGGAAUGGACGUGCGAUCCCAACGAGCCACGUUAUUGCAUAUGCAAUCAAGUGUCGUAUGGCGAUAUGGUUGCCUGCGACAAUUCAGACUGUCCCUUCGAAUGGUUCCAUUAUGCUUGCGUGGGCAUCAGCGCACCACCCAAAGGAAAAUGGUACUGUCCCCAGUGCACGUCUUCGAUGAAGAGACGUGGUGGGCGGAAAAACUGAUUAGACAGGAAGAAAAAGUGGAAGAACAUUGAUCAAGUUGAGAAAGCAUCGCUGCUACUACCUCUUAGACACUGUCCAUCUUGUAUCGACUUAGUUAGGAAGUCAUUAUUAGAAGCUCUUAUUAGGUAUGACUUUUUCAAUAUAUUGUUCCGAGUUUGCAUUGUCUUUCGACUUUCGAACUUGCUCUUUUUUGCUAUCGAUCGAACAUACAUCGAAAUGACAAUGUUGUAGAAAUAUAUUCAGAUAUGUCAGUGAAGAUGGUUCGAAUCGAAAAUUUUUUUUAAAUAUCUUGAUGUGUGUUUCCGUUUUCCGUUUUCCGUUUAUGUCGGAACAAUAAGGGUAGCGGAACGGAAUGAAUACAAGGUGACUUGGAAAAUACGAGAAUUGGUAACGUAUUUUUUUGAUGAGUUUGAAAUUUACUGUUCCUCGUCGAAAAUGUAGAUUCUAGGCGCUUAGUUAUCAAGCGUUUCCCGGCAAAUUGUAAAUAAAGAAAUAAGUCCAUUUUUUAAGUAAUUGUAAAUUGAAUUUAGUUUAAUUAUAUAGUUUAAUAGAAACUUAAUUUAAAUGUCGGGGAUAUACGUAUAUAUAUUUAAAAUGUUGAGAGAGGAGAAUUUACUUUUUCGAUGAAGGAAAACUGAAUGAAUUUUAAAUUCGUCUGAGAAUUUCUCUUGUGAUUUUUCCUUUCAAAGUUAUUCUACAUAAACAAGUUCUGCGAAUGCUAACUGAAAUGAAUACGAAAGCAGAAUUGUAGCGAAUCGGUGUAUGAAUAAAAUGAAUCGUGCAGAAACGAAUGUUGCUGCCAAAAUGAA